AUGGUGCAAAUAGCCGAACGGGUCCUGGAAAGCCUGGCAGUGCGCCACUUCUUGCUGCCGUUUGAAGAGCAGGAUUGGCCGGAGUUGCUCCAAAGUGUGGCAGCCAUCGGAAUCCAGGCCCUCAACCUGCAAUAUGGCCGAUCAGCGCAACUUGUUGGACUGAGUUCCUUGCGGCGAAAUGGUUGGAGCUUCACAGGACUGCAGAGUGAGUGGAUGGUUGUGUGUGCUGCACCACAUUCGGACGUGCAGGUCGGGACUGGGCAACGGCAGGACACCUCGCCCACAAAGUCAACCCAGCACGAGGGGCCGGGCGGGUCAAGGCUUGCCUUGGUGCUUGUACAGAUGCCCCAACUAGCUGACAGCUGGGAGGCUGCAUUUCCAUUGAGUCUUCCCAGCACCGAGGCUCUCGGCGGCAUCCGGGCGAGGUUCGAAGCCGCAGCGCCCCAGUUCGAGGUGGCUGGUCGCCCAGGCCGAAUCUACUGCAAGAGUGGCCGAGGCUCCAUUGCCGUGGAGGCUGUCCGCUGCUUCCGGGAUGCCUCGAGAGCCGAUCACAUCCCGCGAGCCAAUCACCACGCUUCCUCCACCUACACUUUCCGAUUCAACUGCCACGUUUGGGUCGGUGCUCCCGACAAGCCCGGCCCCCUCGGGGCCGGGCCGGCCGGGGCCGCACUUCACACCGCAAUGCACUGCGACAUGUACGUCACCACUGCCACAGACAAGUCCAGCGCCUUUGGCUCCAAUGCCUCCAUCGCAAACUCCCACACAUCCAGACUUCAGCCCAAGACGCUCGCGCAUGACCGGGUGUCCCAUCGACGACCGGGAGCCUUUACGCCGGUGGAGCCUCAUGGGGCAGCAGCAUCUUGCUGCGUUUCUACAGAAGUGCAGGCGAUGCGGAUGGGCACAGAUCUUCAGGACGAGUGGUACCACACGCUCAUGUCUCGGCUACGCCGGCUGGGAGAGGUGACAGCACCUUGUGGAGAUGACUGGACAGGACCAUCGGAGCGAAUAGAACGAAGCGAACCUGUGGCCUACACCCCGAGCAGGGCGCGGGAGCCUUUGGCUGCGAGAUCGAGCAGUCGAGAUGCUUUACAUGCCAAACUCAGAGAGUUGGACGCGGAUCGGCCUGAACUUCCGAUCUCAUCGCGAGCACAGCUGGGCGGUGCUGCAGCGACACCAGGCUCAUUCAAUGCCGGGCCAGCCAGGUUGCUCAGUGCUUUGCCAGAUCGAGCACUUCGGCGGGACAGCCACUAUGCUUCGUUAAACAGAGCUUCUCAAAGAUCCGAGGAGCUGAUCUUCUGA